AUGAGCGACAACUCGGAUGAGUUUGCGUACGAGGAGGAUAUCCGACGGGAGUUCUUCGAUGCUGGUGCCAAGAUGUGGGAUCUUUGGAAUUGGGGACAGGAGAUUAUUGAUAUCAUUUCUCACAGCCAGAGUCAUCCUUUUGGUGCCAAGAUUGAAAGAGAAGAUGUCUUGGAUCAUGGCGAGUGUUAUUGGAAUUGGAUGAUUGCGCGAAAGGAAUUGCUGCAGUUGACGGAAGCGUGGGAGGAUCUCGCCAGCAUGGGAUGCAUGGAAGUAUGUCCUUCGAAACUCCUUGCUGUGCAUCCGUGGAUGAAGUACGCUUUUCACGGGUGGAAUGAGCGACAACCUGUCGAUUUCCCUCAAUUUCGCGGUAUUCCCUUUCGGUCUGUGAAGAACUUGGAGCGUCAAAGGGAUAUUCUUCGAUGGCACCCUUACUACGCUCGUCGGGAUAUGCCUUCAACACCCAACUUGGUUGAGCGUCUCUGGAAGUCUCCCACUAUUCCUCAAACCCACAACCCUGAGCUUCCCCAUGAACUUGGCAACGAGAACAUGGGCUGGCCUGCUGAAUGGAAGGGUAUCUACGAUGUCGCGGCACGUCGCGAUUCACUACCCCUUCGAAAAUACGCAGAGCCUAGUAACCUCUACUCAAUGCAAGGAAGUGUCGCUUCUGCGCCAAUCCAACCUGAGCCCCAGCCUGAGAAGCAAUACGGACCCCAAUAUACGUCCGAAUCUGAGCCGAAUUAUGACGACGGAUAUGAAUCCCCAUCCACGCACUCUUCCGGACCAAGAACACCUCCCUGGGCGAUUCCCUAUGGCCAAGAACCGAAGAAGAUUAAAUGGGGCCCCGUCAAUUGGGAUCAAGCAGCUACAUUCGUCCAAUCACCACCUGUGAGUCCUGAAACUGUCCCUUCCAGACCGAUUCCCUCUAUGGUGCGCGUGUAUAAUGAGGAGAGCUUGAUGAGGAGGUGA